UUGCGCUGGGGGUUUGUGUGGUGUUUCCCAGCCCAGUGUGUGAGGCAGGCAGAGCGCAGGAGGGAGGAUGGAUUUCAGCGUGAAGAAGCUGGCCUCGGACGCGGGCGUUUUCUUCACCAGAGCGGUCCAGUUCACUGAGGAGAAACUGGGACAAGCAGAGAAGACGGAGCUAGACGCACACUUUGAGAACCUCCUGAGCCGUGCUGACAGCACCAAGAACUGGACGGAGAAGAUCCUCCGGCAGACUGAAGUCUUGUUGCAGCCCAACCCAAGUGCACGAAUUGAAGAAUUUCUUUAUGAAAAGCUUGAUCGUAAGAUUCCCUCACGGAUCACCAAUGGAGAACUGUUGGGACAAUAUAUGAUUGACGCAGCAAGUGAAUUUGGUCCUGGGACCCCUUACGGUAGCACUCUGAUCAAGGUUGGGGAGGCACAGAGACGCCUGGGAGCUGCAGAUCGCGAUUUCAUCCAAUCUUCCAUGAUUAACUUCCUGACACCACUCCGUAAUUUCCUGGAAGGUGAUUGGAAGACCAUAUCGAGGGAGAGAAGACUUUUGGAGAACAGGCGAUUGGACUUGGACGCCAGCAAGACCCGAUUAAGGAAAGCGAAGGCAGCCGAGGCAAAGGCAGCAGCGACACCUGAUUUUCAGGAGACCAGGCCUCGUAAUUAUGUGCUGUCGGCCAGUGCAUCUGCGCUCUGGAGUGAGGAGGUGACGAAAGCAGAGCAGGAGUUGCGAGUGGCACAGACAGAGUUCGACCGGCAAGCUGAGGUUACCCGGUUACUGCUGGAGGGCAUCAGUAGUACUCACACCAACCACCUCCGCUGCCUACAUGAGUUUGUGGAGGCCCAGGCUACGUAUUACGCCCAGUGUUACCAGUAUACCGUGGACCUACAGAAACUACUGGGCAGCUCCAAUGGAGAAAUGUUCCCCGGUGCAUUUGUGGGCAAUACAAACACACAGGUUCCAUCCAGCGGUGUUUCUCCAUCUGCUGCAACCAUUCCUGUAGUUCCAGCAGUAGCAGGACCUUGCAACCCAUCGACAUCCUCGCUGACAUUCACUGAAGUUAGCCCCCCUUCCAGUGGGACAAGGAGGGCUCGUGUUCUCUAUGAUUACGAUGCAGCUGACUCCAGUGAGCUUGAGCUCCUCGCUGAUGAGCUCAUCACAGUGUAUAGUCUGCCAGGAAUGGAUUCUGAUUGGCUGAUGGGAGAAAAGGGCAACAAGAAAGGGAAAGUACCCGUGACUUACCUGGAGCUGCUGAACUAAAGUCCUGUCGCAGAACUUCUGCCAGAACGUAAAGGAUCAUCACUGCAGAAACACAACGCAGAUAUUCACCAGUUGCAUUUCAUCCACUCAGUCAUUUCAAACUAUUUUUUAGUGACUUCAGUUGGACCAGAAAGCUUAAAAAGUGUGCAAAUAGUUUAUAAUGUCAUUUAUUAAAUUAUUUUGUUCCAACUUAAAAUGUUACAUUUGAACCAUGUGCUUGGAAAAGCCUGAUGUAUUUUAAAAUGACACACUGGACUUCCGUGGGAAUGAGUACUGAGCUUAAUGGUUGCAUGGUUUGUUCAAGAGGCUUUUGUAGUGCAUACACUGAAGAAUCCCUUAAAACAGGUUUAUCCAGUUUGCAGAACUCCAUUAAUGUAUCUGGCCAUAUCAUGUAACAACUCAUGCCAUCAAGGGGCCUUCGGAUUGAUUGGCUUCUCCCAGUGUGGGAUAAGGGAAAGAUGAGACUCCUGUGUACAACAACCCUCCAAACACAACAAACAUGCACACACCUGGAAGAUGAGUUACUUUUAAGGUUGAAGUUCCUGAGUGAGGAAAUCUUUGCUCGUCAUGGGCUUGCCAUGUUUUGAAUUUUCAUAAAGGCUUGCAAGUGCACGAUACUUGUACAUAGGGUGUAGUGAGACAGGGCUGAUGCUUAGCAGAGACUGAGAAACUUAAUUAUCUGCAUUUGAACAUGGAGAUGAGCAAGAUGUGACUGUACUGAAUGCUGUUUCUCAGUGGCCAAUACAUCUUGUGUUCACUCUGGUCACAAGAACUUUCAGAUGUAAUUGUAUUUAAAACAAAAUACAUGAUUUGCAAUCAAGAAUGGGAUUAAAUCAAUUUUACACUAUAAUUCUCUUAUAAUUUUAUUUUUUAUGGUAGUUUACUGUUUCAAAAUGAUUUACAUCAUGCAAGUUAAUGGAAUUGAGCACUUAAGGGCUUUGGAAUUGUACUGCAGUAUUUGUCCUCUUCCUGUCGGGUAUUACUGUUCACUCUCCUGUGUAAAUGUAUAAUGCAAGGUCCUGGUCAUGUGUUCAUAUCCUAGCUCAUAAUGUCUGCAUCAAUAUGUAUCAACUCCUUCAAUUCGAUUUGGGUGUAUUUGCUGCCUAUUAAUGCUGUACUAUACGUAGUGAAUGAACUUUAAUAAAGCAUUCCU